AUGAUGGAUUUCGACGAAAGGGUCCCCGUCGGAUCGAACAUGUAUCUGCCCAGCUGCACUUACUACGUGUCGGCGGGGGCUGAUUUCUCCGGUCUUCCGUCGUUUCUAUCCCAGACCCCGUCCACCCGUCCCAUGACAUACUCCUACUCCUCCAACCUGCCGCAGGUCCAGCCCGUCAGAGAGGUGACGUUCAGGGACUAUGCAGCUAUUGAAGCGUCCGGUAAAUGGCCUCACCGGGGGAACCUGCCCCACGGCUACCCCACCGCGGAGGACAUGGUCCACCGGGACUGUCUGUCUGCUCAAACCGACAUGUUCGGUAAAAACAGCCCUGCAGCCGCCGCCGCCGCAUACCACCACCACCACCACCACCACCACACCAACACCGGCUCCUCUGCCACCAAUUUCUACGGCACCGUGGGUAGAAAUGGCGUUCUGCCACAAGUCUUCGACCAGUUUUAUGAAACGGCGUACGGGAACGCGUCGGAGAGCUCCUCCACAAAUGGCUUCGGGGAGAAAACGGCGACCAAGCAGCCGAGCUCUGCGCCAGAAGAGGAGCCGGACUGCAGGGACGACCAGGAGGAGAAGGAGCAGCAGGAUGAGCCCAGCAGUCCGCACUUAUCUUCCGGCAACAAUGAGGAGAAGCCCAGCAGCAGUGGACAGAGGACCCGGAAGAAAAGGUGCCCUUAUUCCAAAUAUCAGAUCAGAGAACUUGAAAGAGAAUUCUUUUUCAGUGUGUACAUUAACAAGGAGAAACGCCUGCAACUGUCUCGGAUGCUCAACCUCACCGACCGACAAGUGAAGAUUUGGUUUCAGAACCGUCGCAUGAAGGAGAAGAAGCUGAACAGAGAUAGAUUACAGUAUUAUACGUCCAAUCCUCUGCUUUAG